UGGUGCUGAAGGUCAGUCAUCUGUUUAAGUAUAAACCGCCCACGCCUCGCUCUCUCUUAAGCUUCAGAGUCAACAUUCGUUACUAUUAUCCAAUUCGAGUCUUUUCGGCCGUUCAUCGCUCACCAUGCUUCCGCUUACUCUCGUCGUUUCGGCGCUUUCGCUCCUCUCCAGCCAGCUUGUAUCCGCACAGGAUUCUGUUCCUCCUGCUGUUGUGACACCCGCGGCACCAGGAUUGAAAUUCUUAUACACGGCAUUCGUCCUGUGUACCCCCGAUAUCGCCGCCGGCCAAGGACCCGGCCCCGCUGGCAUUCGGAAGACAAUCCCCAUCGUCGGCGGCAAUGUGACCGGACCCCUUAUCAACGGAAACAUCGCAGACGUGGGCGCGGACUGGGGCAUGGUGGAUCCUCUAACUGGCGUCUUCAGUGCAGACACGAGAUAUAAUGUUGUCACGGACGACGGUGCUGUCAUUUUCCUCCGGACCAGCGGGCCCACAAUAGGCAGCAAUUUGCACUUACGGGUCCAAUUCGAGACCGGGUCGGAGAAAUAUUACUGGUUGAACGAAAUCAUUACUAUUGGAGUUUUGACACCUAUCUCCGUAACCGCGGAAGAAUUAGUACUGAGGAUUGAUACCUGGCAUUUUGCCGACGAACCUGAAUCGAGCAGUUUCGCGUAAUACUCCACUCACUCCUCGCUCGUUGUUCUGGCUAUCCAGUCUCGUUCAUCCUUUCGAACCCAGUCGAACCUGGCAUCAAAACUGUCCAGUCCAUUACCUUUAUACACAGUUGCAACGAAUGGGAAUGCGGCGCUUUCAGUCUUGGAAAGUUGUUUUCAAAGAUGCCUUCACUUGUGUGUACAGUCCUUGUAAGCAUGGCGCAUGUUGGUCUCGUUCUAUAAAAUAUCCUUAGAUUAAGUCCUCUUGACCUUCAUAUUACCUAUGAACCAAAGAAAACCGC